CAGCCAAUCGUUGUUAAGGUCAAAAGAGCUUCCUGCUUGCGUCUUGACCUCUGCUGCAGGACCUCAAGAUCAACUCACUGCAGCCCCCCGCCUCCACCCCACCCUCUCGAUAGGCGUGCACGUGGGUGUGCGGGUGUCACUCUAUCCCAGCUGGACGGACACAACACAGGGUUCAAAGAAGAGAAGACACCCUGCAGGACAGGACGCACCAGACUGACUACUUCGGGCUUCUCCUUUUGGAUUGUACUUUUCUGUCCGCGUUUUGUGCGAGAGGUCUAAGUCGGGACUUGUUGUCCUUUUGGGGGAGUUUCACGUGUCUCCAGUUGGCACCAGACGCAUCUGUCACCGACUGCUACUGGGCGCCUGGAGCUGCCAAAGUCAUGCCGGCCGGGUUUCAGCAACUCGGAGGGGAGACGGUGACUGGAACCUUUGUUCUCUCAGUCUUCACUGCUGUCCUCGGAUCUCUGGAGUUUGGAUACAACAUCGGCGUCAUCAAUGCACCUCAGAAGAUCAUUGAAGAAGACUAUAAUGCUACAUGGGUGCACCGGCAUGGCGAGCCCAUCCCUUCAGGGACCCUCACCACCCUCUGGUCACUGUCAGUGGCCAUCUUCUCCAUUGGUGGCAUGCUGUCAUCCUUCUGCGUGGGCUUCGUCUCCGAGUGGCUGGGCAGGAGGAAAGCCAUGCUCAUAAACAACAUGUUGGCCUUCAUCGGUGGAAGCCUGAUGGGGUUGUCUAAGCUCUGCCGCUCCUUCGAAAUGCUGAUCCUCGGGCGCUUUGUCAUUGGUGCCUACUGUGGGUUGGCGUCAGGCUUGACACCGAUGUAUAUAGGUGAAAUAGCUCCUACAAGUCUGAGAGGAGCACUGGGCACGCUGCACCAACUGGCUAUAGUCACUGGUAUUCUCAUAGCACAGAUCCUCGGUCUGGAGUCGUUGCUGGGUGUUCAGGAGUUGUGGCCGGUCCUGCUGGGUUUAGCCAUUGUGCCGGCUGUAUUUCAGAUGGCACUUCUGCCUUUCUGCCCCGAGAGCCCCCGCUUCCUCUACAUCGUCCGCUGCCAGGAGCACCAAGCCAAGAGAGGCCUGAGGAGGUUGACGGGAAGGCAAGAAGUGGGCAACUUGCUGGCGGAGAUGAAGGAGGAGAAGAGAAAGAUGGACAUGGAGAGGAAGGUGUCCAUCCUGGAGCUCUUUCGCUCUUCGCUCUACCGCCAGCCCAUCAUCAUUUCCAUCCUGCUGCAGCUCUCCCAGCAGCUGUCUGGGAUCAACGCUAUUUUCUACUACUCCACCAGUAUCUUCAUGAAGGCAGGAGUCCAGAGCCCAGUCUACGCAACCAUAGGAGCAGGCGUGGUGAACUGUGCCUUCACUGUGGUCUCACUCUUCCUGAUAGAGAGGAUGGGUCGACGGACACUCCACAUGCUGGGACUUGGUGGGAUGUGCAUCUGUGCAGUCAUCAUGACCACGGCUCUUGCUUUGUUGGACAGUGUUCCAUGGAUGAGCUACAUCAGCAUGCUGUCCAUCUUUGGCUUCGUGGCCUUCUUUGAGAUCGGUCCAGGUCCCAUCCCCUGGUUCUUUGUAGCCGAGCUGUUCUCUCAGGGUCCAAGGCCGGCUGCCAUGGCUGUGGCUGGCUUCUCCAACUGGACCUCUAACUUCAUCAUCGGCAUGUGCUUCCAAUAUGUUGCUGACCUGUGUGGGCCAUACGUCUUCCUGAUCUUCGCAGCACUCCUCCUGUUCUUCCUCAUCUUCACAUUCUUCCGGGUGCCAGAAACCCGGGGCAAAACCUUCGAUCAGAUCUCAGCAAAUUUCCAUCAGCACUCUGCAGGAGGAAUGAUGGGCAUGGACAUGGACUUGGAUUUGGACAAGCCCAGCACUGAGCUGGACUACUUGGGGGAUGAAAGCGUCAACUGAAGAUACCCUGCCUGAAGAGAGAUGGGACUGAGUACAGCUUGGGAUGAACUGUGUAUAUGGGCCUGACUCCAAACUUAGAUUUUCUGACAUGUAUAUUGAGGUCAGUUGUGUUCAAAUAGAUUGUGGUGCCAAAGCAGUGUUAAAGGUGUGUGACAAUUUGGGUGUUAAGGAAUUGUCCCUUGCUGGUACCACUGCAAUUUGAGGUUACAAAUUGAGCCUCCACAAAGGCUAAAAUCUAUUGGUACUACUGUAGUUUAAAGGAAUAAGAUGCACAUCAGAACAAUGUCUAGACUGUUGAGGCAUUGACUGCCCAUGUGGUAGGAUUUUAUUCCAUGGUGAUGCACUGUGGUAAUACUGACAGAUGGAGGUGGAGAGACUUUGGAAUUCCUGCACUUUAUCUACAAAGACAUCCAAAGUUUUUAGAGUUUGGAGGUAAAAACACAGGAUAUACAGCUGUGGAGUCAAGUAUGCUUGCAUAUUUUGUACGAAAGCUGGGAACACUCGAGAUGGAUAAAUCCAACUAAGUAACCGACAGCAUUCAGAUUUUCACAAUUUAGCUCCAACUACAGGAUCAUGGUCCGAAAGCUGUAAAAAAACAUAAUUGUAUUGAGUCUAACUGGUUUGAAACAAGAUUCAAAUCCUAAACCCCUUUAUAAUGUACAAUAACAUGGGCUGGGUAUGAAACAAACACUUCUUUGGUACUGAUUGAAAUGUUUCCAUACAGUGGCGCCCCCAGAAAGCUCCACAACAAUCCUGUUUAAAUGUGUUACAUAUCUGCGCGUUAGAAAUGUCAUUUUCUUCAAAUAGGCUGUUUGUCCUUUUCCUUAAGACGAUGUACAGCUUUAGUUUGAAGGAGUACAUUGAUUGUAAGGAACAAAACAUUCACUGGGAACAAGGCCUCUCAAGUAUAGGGUAGACUUUUGGGUAUCCAUACAGAACAUUUUCAUUCAGACAUCUUGAGGCGAGCAUUCAAGGGACCUCGUUGUCAAUAGCCAUGCCAGCUGUUGCCUUGCCAAAAUUUAGCCUAACUUUGAAGCAUAAAUUAGACCCCUUCUUGACAAGCAAUGCCCAGGUAGUUGGAACCAAUAGAUGCCUUAGGUUGGAUAGAUUCCCAAGAUGUCACUACUUUUGUGCUAACCAAAAAAAUUACCACUGCAAAGCCUAUUUAAAACAGUAACGUAAUGAGGGCCAGUGCGGGAGGCAGCACUCAUAUCAAAAGGGAGCAGUCCCCCUUGGCUCCCUUUGGGGACACCACUGAUUCCAUAAUGGUAUGUAUUGAAACUUGUCAAGUGAUGAAAGCUGGUCAAGAGUCAUACGGUAAAUCUUUUUUUCCUAUUCUUUGAUCAGACAAAUUUAGGUUAAAACAACAAUUUUGCCAAUUCUAGAUUAGUCAACUUUAUUAAUACUUAGUAUGUUAAACUUUUUUAAAUUUGAGAGAGAUGUUUUCUUACAAAUUUAAGAAUUAAAAGAAACACUGUUUUGGCAUCAGUACCAGCACUCAGGUAUUGGAUCAGUGUAGAAACAUUUCAGACACCCAGCCCCAACAACAAUGUGCCAACUGUUCCCACUGAUUUACCCAGUUACUCUUCAAUCUUUUGGUGAAGAGAGCCUCAAGGUCUUCGCCGCCAAACUGGGCUUUCAAUCAUGUAGUGUGUUCCCAGCUUAAGCCGAGGCAAAAUGCCAUCACGACGUGUGUUUCUGAUCGAGAAACAUAUUGCACAACCUGCCGAAAUGCUACUUUUAAAGAAACAAAAUCUAUUUUAGUACUUCACGUGUACAUAGUGUGUGUGUUAUUUGGUUGUUGAUACUAAGGUAUGAGGGUCUAAAAGUUUCAAUUCUUUAUGCACUCCAGUUUCGUUCUGUUAACAGAAGCCUGAUAGACUAGACGAGAGCAAGAUGUGCAAUCAAAAGGGCUGCCUGUAAAGACUAGAUUUUCUUGUUUUUUUUUAAAUAACACAAGCGUCAUGUUUGUGCAUUUUUCUUGUGUCAUGUGUGCCGUUUGCUGUAUAUUCUUUAACGGUGUGUAUCGCUACCUUCUGAAGAUUUGUAUUGAGGUUGUUCAGGGGGGACCUGGAAUUUGUAUAGAGUAAAUUAUGAUGCCAUGGUCAUGUUGUGACUAAAGGAUGCCAAGUACUGUAAAUAAUGUUACUGAAAAUA